AUGUCCAGCCCCGAGCCCGAGGACAGAAGACUGCAGGAUCUGUCGCCCGAAAUCUUCCAACAGAUUCUCACCGACCUGGAUCCGGAGUCGACCAAGGCCCUCCGCCUAACCACGCGCACGCUCGCCGAGAAGUGCCUCGGGCCCCGAGCCCAGCUCAUCCAACCCGUGCUCGAUUGCUCGCCGCAGAAUCUGCGCGCCCUGUAUGCCCUGGCAUGUGACCCCGUCCUCAGCCCGAAGGUGCAUUCCCUGACCUUCCUGGCCACCUCCCUGGAAUCUCGGGAAUUGGAGAAGAGCAUCGAAGCCGGAUAUUACGAGGAAGUAACCUUCAAUGGCCCCAUAUGGUCGAGGGAAGAAGUCGACUAUACCCCCGAGGGACUGGGCAAGGCUCAGGCGGAGCUGCGCUGGCUCAAGGAGCAGCAGGAAGCGCGGGCCGCCGAAUCGCCGAGCGAGAUGGUGGACCUCCUGCAGCGGGCCUUCCGGGGCUUUAGCGCGUUGCAGGCGAUCCGUCUCGAUGGCGGGAUCGUCUGCGGACGUGGACGCGCUAAGAGAAAGCCCCCGGGCUACAAGCAAUGGCAGCCGCUCUGGGAGAGAGCCUCGCGGGUGCUUUCCUGGGUGCUGACUGCGAUGGUGGAGGGUGGAGUCUCGGUCAGGAAUCUUGAUGUGUAUUACAACACCGACCGGUGUUGUAUCCCGGCUGAUGAAAUUGCUGCUCUAGCGGCGGGGCUUAGCCAAUCACAGCGGGAGGUAUUGGGAAAGAACCUGCACUCGUUCCAGCUGAGCUUGUCGGGGGCAUUAAACGACGCUGAUGUUGAGAAAGCGGAGGAGGGAAAAGAAGAACGGGUGCAGGAGAAGGACGAAUCAUUUGAAAUUCAUUCCCUCUUCCAAUCAGCCCCGGCUCUGCGAGAGUUGAGUCUAAGAUUUCGGCGAACCGGCCGGUUAGAGACUCUCCACUGCUACGACUACAUAAUCGACAGCAUCGCCAAGAAAACCCAGUUCCCUAUGCUCGAGAAAUGUAUAUUUGCUGGUCUUGCGGUUAAGGAGGAGUCACUGCUGCUUUUUCUUCAGAGACAUCCCAACCUCCGCUCCCUAUCAUUACACGAGUGUCAUCUGACCUCGGGGUCCUGGACCCCGAUCUUUACUCAUUUACAGUCAAUGCCCAGGCUUGAGACCCUCAGCCUCUCAAAUCUUUUUGGCAAGCACAUGCAGAACCGGAAGUAUGAACAACGAGGGUAUGGUUCUUCUUCUUCUUCUUCUUCUUCUUCUUCUUCUUCUCCUUCUUCGGGUUCCUCGGCCUCCGAAUUAGAGAUAGAGAAAGAUGAAGAGCUGGAGGAGAGUGACGGGAUGGUAGUUCUGCUGCCAGCCUGGAACGUCCCUUCCAAAGACUGUUGGGCCGGCUGGUUAAACGAGUACCCCCAUUCCAAUGGGAGAGCAGUGCACACCAGGGACUUCACUCGCGAGGAACUGGCCAAGGGACUGGUGUUCCGGCCGCUGAGAAAGGGGCCAGGACGGGCGAUCGGCUCUAUCCAGGGUAUGAACUGGAGGAACCGUCGGCGAGAGCUUUAUGCGCCUCUUGUAUAG